AUGCGUUCUAUCCUCGUCAGCGCAGCCCUCAUCGGCUCUACUCUCGCCUUCCCCGGGUACUGGGCUGAACGUAGACACUAUGGCACUGGCACCGGUAUUGCUCCUCCACCUCCACCUCAGACCAGCACCAUCACCACUACCUCCAUUCCUCCCGUCACCGCUACCACCACCAGCGUAAGCGAAUGGAGCACCGCAACCGAGACAGAGACAAUCACAAAAACCACCUUUGUGCCCUGCUCCACUUCCGUUGGUACGAGGGGUUCGUCGACUGUGUUCUCUACUUGGCUUACAUCUACUACUUCCGUGUGGACUUCGACUUGGACUACUGUCGUUCCUGUGACUACCACGACGACUCCUGUUGUUGUACCUGUUGGGUCCGGGACGGGGACUGCGUGCCCCUUGCCGGUUACGACGACGCAUACUGAGACUACCACCGCAACUGUGACUGUGACUGUGACUGCGCCUAGUGUUCCUGAGACGACGGCUACAACUACUACAGCUGUUGUUGUCCCACCUCCUCCGCCUGCAGAUUCUACUUCUACAUCUACCCUGACUAAGACUUGCACCACUACUGGCACUGCUACCGGAACAGCUACAGGAACAGCCACAGGAACAGCCACCGGAACAGAGACAGGCAUCACGACAACCACAACCACCACAAAGCCCACCUCAACAACCACAACUACCACUCUCAUCGGCACAGGAACUACAACCGGCCCCGUAGGCACAGGCACCGGCUCUCCCAGCUGGGGCCACAAAUGGAACGAUGCAAAGAAGCCUAUUGUUCACCGGGUGCUUUAA